AUGUACCCCUCGCAAGCGUCCCAAACGAGCCAUUCGCCCAGGACUUGCGCUAACCCCAAGAUCACUUCCUCCAAGACCGCUCCCGCUCACAAGUUCUACGUUGACGCUUCCGUUCCCGUGAACGACUCUGUCUUCGACCUCGCUGCCUUCGAGAAGUUCCUUCACGACCGCAUCAAGGUUGACGGCAAGCCCGGUCAGCUCGGUGACGUUGUCUCCGUCCAGAAGGAGGGUGCCAAGAUCGUCCUCACCUCUUCUAUCCCCUUCUCCAAGAGGUACCUGAAGUACCUCACCAAGAAGCACUUGAAGAAGAACUCUUUCGAGAACUUCCUCCGAGUCGUUGCCACCUCUAAGGACACCUACUCCCUCAAGUACUUCAAGGUUGACCAGGACGAGGCUGAGGACGAGGAGCUCGCCUAA